GACAGCGGCUCCCCUGCCAUGUCCUCCACCGUCUUCAUCAACAUCGACAUCUCCGACGUUAACGACAACCCCCCCCUCUUCACCCCUGCCAACUCCACGGCCGUCAUACAGCUAAAUCAAGCCUCUGGCUCCACCCUGCUGAAGCUGUCCGUCAGCGAUAAAGACUCACCCAGAAACGGCCCCCCCUUUGAGUUCCGCAUCGCGUCAGGAAACGAGGGAAAGUUUUUUUCUCUGGACCAGACGGGAACUCUGAAGACCAACCGCGUGAUUGGCUCCGAGGCCCCCAGAGAGUUUGUUCUCGUAAUCCAGCUUUGUUUUCAUCUCUUAGGCAAGUGACUCUGGG